AUGGAUCAAUAUGGGUCGUGCAAAGCUACUAAUCAUAGAUAUAGAGUUAUUAUUCUGUCUCAAACAAAGAUUAAGAAGGCUAAGAAUGUUGGAGGUGGAGAGUAUUUUGAGUUCAUGGAUUUUAAACGUAUAUUGGAUGGUUCUCACUGUGAUGAUUACUUGGUCGAUGUCAUUGAAGAGGUUAUCCACGUUGGAAAAUAUGAUACUUGGGACCAUGAUGCGAGCGAGCAAGAAGAUCUUGCUUACGAUGAUUCCAAGGAAGAAACCGAUGACGAUGAGGAUUCUAAUGAUGACGACGUCGAAGAAGAAGUCGAGAAUGAUGAUCAAAAUUGA